AACUUUAGUCUCUGACAUUUGCUUGAUAGUUUUUUCCUUUUCAACAUAUAACCAUAUAUCUAAUUCCUGCUCUAAAAUAAGCACAGGCGGAAACCGAGUUCAAACGGAACGUGUCCCCGCGAGAUUUGAGGAGGAAAGCAAAUGCCACGUCUGCCAAGCAGCAUCAUCGCAGACCCAACUAACAGCACUUUUCUCUCUCAGGAACAACUUUAUUUAGUGAAAGAACAGCCCGAGUUAUCGGACACUGUUUGGAUCUAAUAUGGGCUUUUUACAUCUGUCAACACUAAUAUUGGCCACAUCUGCUGUCCUGCUGUUAGUAGAGGCUCACAGCCAUUCCCACGGUGACCACGGGCAUGGCCACCAUCACCAUGGCCACUCGCAUGGAGGGGAUGAUGAGCACUCACAUGGCCAUCAGAAGAUGUUUCAUGGAGCCAGCAAAUGGAGCGCCAAGGCCAACCUACCUCAGAAUGAAGAUGAGCAUGGACAUGAUCACGCACAUGACCACGGACACGCACAUGACCACGGACACGCACAUGNNNGCAGGAAAACAGCAGAUUUGUAAACUUCCUCCCAUCAUUGUCUGCAGGCCAUCGGAGCCACUCUGCUGAUCAGCGCUGCUCCUUUCUUUAUCCUGUUUCUGAUCCCAGUCCAGUCCAACAGCGACCAGCACCAGAACCUGCUCAAGGUGCUGCUGAGCUUCGCUUCCGGUGGGCUGCUGGGUGACGCCUUCCUGCACCUCAUACCACACGCUCUUGAGCCUCAUUCCCAUCAUGAAGAUGGAGAUGAUAAACACUCUCAUGGAAGUGAGGAGUCACAUGACCACGGUCACUCUCACGGAGCUGCCCACGGACACAUGAUGUCUGUUGGUCUGUGGGUUCUUGGGGGGAUCAUCGCCUUCCUGGUUGUGGAAAAAUUUGUGCGCCUGCUGAAAGGAGGACACGGGCAUGGACAUUCCCACAGCCACUCCCACGCCGCUCCCAAAGAAAAGGACAGUGAUGGAGAGGAUGAAAAGGAAAACAAGAGAAAAGAGAAGAAACAAAGCAAAGAUGCUAAGGUGUCCAAGACUGAGGAGAAAAAGGGCACAGAAAUCAAGGUGUCGGCCUAUCUGAACCUAGCAGCUGACUUCACGCACAAUUUCACUGAUGGUCUGGCAAUCGGAGCGUCGUUCCUGGUCAGUCCAGCUGUGGGCGCUGUCACCACCCUGACUAUCCUGCUUCAUGAGGUCCCACAUGAGAUCGGGGAUUUUGCCAUCCUUGUUCAGUCUGGCUGCACUAAAAAGAAGGCCAUGUGUCUGCAGCUGCUGACCGCUUUGGGAGCUCUGGCCGGGACAGCCUGCUCCCUGCUGGCUGAAGGCGUGGGCGCCACGGCGACCGCCUGGAUCCUGCCCUUCACGGCUGGUGGGUUUGUUUACAUCGCCACAGUGACGGUGCUCCCUGAGCUGCUUGUGGGCCGCUCCAGUUUUGGCCAGUCUCUGAUGGAGAUUCUGGCGCUCCUGUUUGGAGUCGGCAUGAUGGUGCUGAUCGCAGAAUACGAGUGAAGCGCCGGUCUGGAUUGGACAGAAACUUUUACAGCACAAGAUGAGUAGGAGAAACUGAGACCCGGACAGGGAGAAUAAUGGUUUUAAACAGAAUGUCAGUGAUUUCUUUGCUAUUGCCAGUUAUUUCCUUAUUUAGUUUUUGUCUCCAUGUUUUGCUAUCUUAUUUUUUUACCGCAAGGGUCUUUUUGUUUUUUUUGUUUUUUAAGAAGAGAUGAGAACUGGAAAGAAAUUAAGGGAUCACAGCUUUCAUCAGGAUGAGCUCUGCAGUAAAUUAUUCCAAAAACUCACUUCCAACUCCUGUAAAAACAACCAUCUUACUGUAACUGCUGCAUGAACCACUGAGCAGCUCCUCAGGCGUGGAGCAGAGAACGAUGCCGACUGAACAGUGAUACUGAAUGUUAAAAAAAAUCACAUUCCACUAAAAUACGAGAUGUUGCUUUUACUGCUGUGUUCAGUCAAUAUAUCGCUAAAACUACAUUUCAUUAAAUUUUUUUUUUGCAGUAAAUUGUUUUUCUUGAGAUGCUGGAUAUCCCCAAAUAAAAGUUCCUUGUCUG